AUGUCACCUGUGGAUGACACUUUCAUUUCUGGGUCUCUUGGUAAGACCAUUUGGCUCUGGGAUCUCCGCUCUCCUAAUUGCCAGGGUCUCAUGCAUCUACAGGGCAAGCCAGUGUGUCCUUUUGAUCCAGAAGGAUUAAUUUUUGCUGCAGAUGUCAAUUCUGAAAUGGUCAAACUUUAUGAUCUUCGCUCUUUUGAUAAGGGGCCAUUUGCAACAUUUAAGAUACAAUAUGAUUGGACUUGUGAGUGGACAGGACUUAAGUUCAGCAAUGAUGGCAAGCUCAUCCUCAUCUCCACCAAUGGCAGCUUCAUCCAUCUGAUUGAUGCAUUCAAGGGAGUGGUGAUGCAUAUGUUUGGGGGUUAUGCUAACAGCAAGGCUGUCACAUUGGAGGCCUAG